CAUCUUCGCAUUCCCAUCACGUCGCCAUUUUAUCGGGAUCCGCGUUGUUCUUGUUUCCAAAAUUCUCGCACACUGUUCUUAUUCUCGUUGUUUUCGCGAAAAAUAAUGCCAAUGCAUUGUGAGGCUGUCGAUGUAGGAGACGCGCGCUGUAACGGUUUGUGUAAUUUCGUAGCGGCUGCUAAGUAGGUGGACUGAAUUGCAAGAAUGUCUUUGCGCACAUUGAGGACCCUCAGGUUAAGCGCUGGUCAGAAACGCGGGAAUGCUGAUGAAGACCUUGCAACAUCUGGUAAACCUGACGAGCCCCCAGCAAAGAUUAAGAAGGGUAGAAAGAAGUCUGGAGAGGACUUGGCAACUUCGCAUGUUUGUCAAAUGCGUGAGCGAACUGAUGAGAGCACACAAACAGAACCGAGUAACUUCAGAUCCAGUUUUUCAGAGAUUGAAAAACGUUCUAAAGAUGCACGGAGAAGGUUAAAUGAAUCGAUCAGACAAAGGCGUAGUACUUCUACUAUGAAGGAAUCUAUGGCCGCUUUGAAGAAAUCAUUGGACUCACACUUCAAGACAGUGAUAUCUAAAUUGCAUGCCUGUCAGAGAUCAAACAAGAGGCUUGAAAAGGAGAUAGAAGAACUUAAAAGAGAUCUUGGACAGAAGAGGACACCACGACCAAAGAAGAAGAGUCAAUCUGACAGACCUGCUAAUCAUGUCAAGGGUCCCAGACCUCACACUGUCAUUGUGACGUUACCAGAUGAACAGCUAGAUGAUCAGCUAAGGACAUUGAAAGCUGAAGUUCAGAAGGAAUGUGAUGCUCAGAAUACUGUGGAGAUUCAAGCUGAUGUGAAGCAGAAUGAAAUGGAAGUGCAAGAUGAGUUGACCGUUGAUCAUAAGGAAGAGAAUUUUGAGGUGGAGCCUAAGCAAACACACAACACGGAUGGAAACUUCACUUUCAUCACUCUCAAUUCUGAAGAGGAUUAUCCAAAUGGAAGUUGGUUAGGUGAUGUGAACAGUCCAGCGAUGAGAGUCAGGUGUAAAAUAAACCCAACUGAGAUGGUUCACAUUAUGAACAUGUACAAGUCAGCUGACAAGCUUGCUCUCAAGUUGUUGGAUUUCCUGUUUGACAAGGAGACCCAGGCAGUCUCGAAUCUCUCUGGUACCGGCAAACAUAAAAAGAAGAAACUUGAUCCAUUACUCAUCUAUGGCAUUCACUGUCAUCUAGUGAAGCAUUGUGGGAUUACAAAUGAAGACUGGUAUCGGAUCAGACUAAACAUAGAUUCCAAGUGCCGCACAGCAUUUAGACGUAAACAAAAGGGUCUGGAACUCUACCCCAAACAGAUCAAGAAGGAAAGAGUUUGUUCGAGUAGUAUAUACACAACACAGGCGUAUCAGCAGAGCCAAAGUGUACAGCACCUCCAGCAGGUUGUAAAUGAGCUACAGACCAUACAUGUACCAACAGAAGAAGGCUUGACAGGCAUCACCAUCAUCCAGGAACAACCUGAUGGGAGCACCAUAGAAACAACCUCCACACCCUCAUUGGUAGGACACAUCCUGAAUCCAGACGGGGGCGAAAUACAACCUGACCAGCUUAAAGAGGUAAUAGCCCAAGCUGGCAAAGACAGUGAGAUUCAUCUUUCAAAUGGCCAUACCAUUGCCAUAUCUCAGUCAGGAGAGCUGGAAAUCAGAGAAGUCCAACUUGAAGUGGCCAAGGAAUGAAUCACUUGGAAAGAGAUCAGGCUCAGUUUCAUAAAGACUUGUUAUUAUGCCCUAUCAGCCAAUCAGACUGGAGGAUUUCAGUAGAUUUUAACUCAUUGGAAAGCGUUCUAGCUAGUUUUAUGAAAUGGGCCCCAGAGGGGGAUGAAAAAUACAUUGCUCUGGAGGAUGGAGGGUUUUGUGAGGAAAUUAAACUGGAAAAAUGAAAGGAGAGGACAAACAGAGGAAAAGGAGGGAAAA